AUGGUGACCGACUGGCAAGUCGAGUACCUCAAGGCCGUGGCCGUCGAGGACGAGCGUCCGUCGUCUGUGCAGACAAACGAUACGUCAACGGGUAACGUUCUGGAGUUCUUGGACUUGGUCCUCGCGCAGGAAGGUGGUGAGUGGUGGACGAAGCUUCAGCGUCGAGUUCAACGUGGUCGACAGACCAGAAAUGCUGGUCAGUGGACGACUCCAGCGCUGGAUCCAACCGACGAGACCGAGAUCAAGACUUUGAAGAAGCGACUGGCUGCGAUAGGGACCGCGUUACUCGUGCCGCUGCCUGAGCUGGAGAUAUCGAUCAGCCGACACGAGCCGCUGCGUCCCGCUAAAGUGCGAGUGCUGCAAUUGCAGCUCGUGUGUCGCAUACUGCGCUAUGGCGCGUUGAUAGGCAGGAAAGAAAAAGAGGAAAAGAAGCUGCAGAAGCAGGAGAUGCGGGGGCUGCUGGAUCGGGUGGCGCUGCUGCUGGACGCGGCCAAUCCGCCGUCAUUGAUGGACGACGGCGCCGAGGAACGCUCGCCGUUUCACGAGUUUCUCGAGCAUCAAUUGGGGGCCAGACUGAUGGUUUUGAUGCCCGGGUUGAUGCGGUAUUUGCUCAAGGUUUACGAGCUGGAGGAUGAGGGAGACAGGGCUAUUGGAGGGGACGAGAAUGGUGUGGGGAACGCUGUGCUGUCUACGGCCGUGAUCAAGGCGCGUCAGUGUCCUCUAGUUGACACAUCACGCUCAUCUGUGGCCGGCAACGACAGCAUUUUGUCGGCUUUACGCCAAGAACGAUCGGCCAAACGCGAUCGUCCGAUUGCAAGCAACGGGUUUAAGGAAGUCCAACUGCCUCAUCAGUUGAAGCAGACGCAAAUGCAGUCGCGACCUCGAAAAUCGAGACGGAGAUUGGAAGACCAUUGCAGCAGCUCUGAAAGUAGUCAAGACACCAUGCUUGGCACACCAGUGAGUGCGGUAUUGCUCCCCAUCUGCAAGGCUGAGCGCUUGACCAAGGCUCACCGAUCAUUGACGACGCCAGGCCAAUUUAAUCUGCCUGGUGGAUCACUCCGUCGCGCCCCUGCGAAGACACUUACAGCGCGUCUUCUUCAUACAAGAAUGCCGGAGAACUGUCUCUAUAAAACUGCCGCGUCCUCGUCGAUCGACUCUGCUGUUUCAAGCGAUCGAGCAGCUCCCGGCAAAAGAACUCUGCCUAAACCUACUACAGGCCGACCGAUGAGGAUUUCUUCAGUCGUUGGACGCACUCCAGAAAGGCCAAAGAAGUUGGCCGCACGCGGUACCAGGGUGUUAGUCGAAGCAUCUCCUCCACUGCGCGGGCCAAACACAGCGAGAACUUCGGCCAUGCGUCUCGUUCAGCCGACACCAUCACGACGAGGUGCGAUUCCGCCACUGCUUUUCCAGUAA